UAGAUUUUGACAAACCAUUUCUUAACUAUUAAGAACGAUACACAUACCAAUGAUGCGCGAAUUUUAAUUAGUUAUCGAAAACAAAAGAAUUUGCCAAUUCAAAAGGAAGAAAAAAGGAUAGAAUUCUUAGUACUGUAUUUUAGACAUGCAAUAUUGAUGUGAAUUGUGUUUCAAAACGAACGCAGCGACACUCGUGGAAAGAAACACACCAAUCGUAGUUUAUCGAACGAUGACCACUUCUGCACAAUGUUCUCCGACCAAGUCGUCUUUAAGUUGUUGUCAAAUCGAUCACAACAGCCACGGUGACGUACACGAAGUUGCAAUUGCCGCAAAGGAUGGUUAUUUCAUUCAAGACAAAUAUUUCUUUCCAAAAAGGCCCGAAGUGGACGUUACUUUUUGCGACAUUCGUUUUACAGUGAAAGAAUGGAGUUUUCGAAACUUGAAAUCAAAAACCAAAGACAUUCUACACGGGGUCAGUGGAGAGUUCAGAGCCGGCGAACUAGUCGCUAUAAUGGGUCCCUCUGGAGCCGGAAAAUCUACUUUAUUGAAUGUUUUAGCUGGUUACACAGUAAAAGGAGUCCAGGGUAAGAUUCUAAUAAAUGGAAAAGUUAGAGUACCGUAUAGUGAGAGGUGGAAGAGGACUUCAUGCUACAUACAACAGGAAUCCUUGAUGAGAAUAAGGAUUACUGUGGGAGAAGCUAUGACAUUAGCUGCACAUUUAAAACUUGGCUACAGUAUCAGUUCAGCUUAUAAGCACACUCAAGUCUUGGAAUUAUUAGAAAUGUUAGGUUUGAGUCAUUGUUAUGAUACUUUAUGUGGAAAACUGUCCGGUGGACAGAAAAAGCGACUGGAUAUUGCUCUGGAACUUUUAAGUAAUCCUUCAGUAUUAUUCCUUGAUGAGCCAACAACUGGUUUGGAUUCAUCCUCGUGUAGUCAGUGUAUCGCAUUAUUGAAACGUCUCGCUAAUAUAGAAAGGCGUACAGUAAUAUGCACGAUACACCAACCAAGUGCAUUGCUCUUAGAAAUGUUUGAUGCUAUUUAUGCGGUUGCUGAUGGAUAUUGUAUAUAUAAAGGCCCGGUAAAAUCUUUAUUACCUCAUAUGUCCUCGAUUGGAAUUGAUUGCCCACCUUACCAUAAUCCUGCUGAUUUUCUUUUAGAAGUUGCAAUUGGUGAUUAUAAUAUUACCGUGGACAAAUUAGCGGCUGCCAUGGAUACGAUAUGCAAGAAUGACAAAACCGUUAUUUAUACGAUGAAACCACAGUUAGACGAAAGCAUGAAAGAACCACCUCCAUCAGCGGGAUUCAUUGCUCAGUGUUAUUUACUUUACAAAAGACAAUUACUUUGUCUUAAAAGGGAUUAUACAUUAUUAGUAGUACGUCUAUUGUGUCAUUUGUUAAUUGGAAUAAUCUUUGGCUAUCUGUACAUGGGAAGUGGUUAUAGAGCCAACGGUGUACUUGCUAAUUAUGUUUAUCUCUACGGAUCGUUAUUACUUAUUGUAUAUACGGGUAAAAUGGCUGUCACACUUGCUUUUCCAUUGGAAAUGCGGAUAUUAACAAGGGAGCAUUUCAACCGGUGGUAUCGGUUAGCACCAUAUUAUAUUAGUAUGCUACUAGUGGAAAUACCUUUCCAGGCAUCUUGUGCAGCAACCUAUUUGGUUGUAAGUUAUUGGUUAACAGGACAACCUGUAGAAACUCCUCGUAUAAUUUCUUUUAUGGUUGUCAGUAUAGCUGCUAGUUUGACGGCACAAGCAUGGGGUUUCUUUAUUGGUGCAACUACACCUGUUAAUAUUGCAGUAUUUGCAGGACCCAUAAUUGCAGUGCUAUUUUCCGUAUUUGGAUUUUGUAUUCGUUACAUAGAUACGCCGCAAAUGUUUCGAUGGAUGUUUUAUAUAUCAUACUUUCGUGCCAGCUUUCACAGUCUCUUACACACUGUCUAUGGUUUUGACCGAAUGGACUUGAAAUGUGACGAUUUCUAUUGUCAUUAUAAAAAACCAACACAAUUUCUCAAAGAGAUGGAAAUUGCUGAUACAAGUGUUGCAAACAAUCUUAUUUUAAUACUUGGUAUUGGCGUAUUAAUGCAUUUGUUAACUGCUAGUGCUCUAUGGUGUAAACUUAAUAGAAGAUAAACAUUAUUUCUAAUUUUGGUGAUCCACUAUUGCCCAGCAAUUAUGGCUUACUUACUGUGACAAUGGUGCUAAAAGAAGUUCUUUUGGAACUUCUUAGAUAUGGAUUAAUAAAAUUUAUAUUUUUAUUUAUACUUACCUU